AGAAAUUAGAUGCUGUUCAAAAUGCUUCCACAAGCUCUCUUUUUUUCAUUUCCCUUAUUCUCUUUCAUCUUCUUCCACCAAUCAAUAUCCGCCACUGAUAGCUUCAUCUAUGGCGGAUGCUCUCAACUUCAUUUCCUCCCAGGCACACCUUACGAGUUAAAUGUCAACUCAGUAUUCAGUUCCUUAGUCAACUCAGCAUCUAUCUCCAACUUCAACAGCUUCAAAAUCUCCCCCUCAGGAUCUGCACAAAGCAAUGUCGUCUACGGUCUCUUCCAAUGUCAAGGCGACCUUAGCAACUCCAUCUGCAAAGAUUGUGUUGCCAACUCAGUGAGUCAACUCAAGACAAUUUGUCCUUAUGCGACUGGCGGAGCAAUACAGUUACAAGGAUGUUUUGUGAGAUACGAUAAUACAUCAUUUUUGGGGGUUCAGGAUAAGACGGUGGUCUUGAAGAGGUGUGGCCCUUCUAUUGGUUAUAAUUCAGAUGCUUUGAACCGUCGAGAUUCUACGCUGGCAUAUCUAACGGCCGGUAAUGGACAAUUCUUUCGUGGAAGUGGGUCUGGGAGCGUGCAGGCUGUGGCGCAGUGCGUACAGGAUUUGGAUGUAAACGAGUGUCAAGAUUGUCUUUUAGAAGCAAGUGGACGGCUGAGAUCAGAGUGUGAGACGUCAACUUGGGGUGAUAUGUUUAUGGGAAAAUGUUAUAUUCGAUACGUUGACCGUGAACACCACUCGAGAAACGGUGCAGGAGAUGAUGAAGAUGUGGAUAAAACAUUGGCACUCACCAUUGGAGUCAUAACAGGGGUUAUUUUACUCAUUGUUUUCUUAUCUUCCUUGGGCAAGAUUUUUAACAAAAAAGGUGGUAAAUAGUGAAUAGAUUGUAUAUAUGCAAUGGAUUGGCUUAAUUCCUGAAGAUAUGUUCCCCAUCCUUUUUUUUAUGAAAAAAGGUACAAGGAUUCCCUAAAAACUCCCCACUUUUUGCUUUUCAACCAUCUUUUUCUAGAUACUUUGCAAGGAUCAAAUUGUAAUUUUAAUUUUAUUAGGAGCAAAAUGUAAGUUUACUUUUUCAUGUGAAUAUUUAUGGUUUGUGAAAUAGUGGGUACUUCAUUUUAUUCGA